AUGUUUUCUCCAUCGUCAUCUUCUUCUCCUUCUUCUUCUCCUUCUUCUUCCCAACUUCUUCCACGAUCUUCCCGUUCCCCAUCUUCUGCAUCUACUCCUUUCCCUGCACCUUCUUCUUCUUCUCAAUCGGCCUCCCCGACAGCAUCGUCGAGCCGAGCUUCCAGUCUCAGCCCACCCAGCCAGAUCGGCCACACCAAGGACGGGUUCCUCAUCGUCUUUGAAUUCACAGAUGGAUACGAGUUCGAAGUCAAAUAUGUGGAUGACCGGACCUCCCGCAUCCACUAUCAACCGACCAGAAUUGAACUGACGGACGACUUGAAAAAAAAGAUGCGCGAAAUCAAACGCAUUGAAGAUUUGUUUAAGAGGUUUGAAGGUCAGAUGGAGGAGGUAAAGCAGCUGGCACAUCCGAAAUUGGCCGCUGUCAAUUUGAAUAGUGAUGAAAUCUAUAAAGUCGACACGUUGACACUUCUAUCAUCCAAAGUGAUAGAAGUGUCAUGGCCUUCAGUUCUUGCGAACGGGUUGGCAAUCAGAGAAGAGAUCGAUCCGAAAGAAAAAGAGCUGGAAGAAGCAAAGAAAAGGAUUUCUGAAUUGGAAGAAGAAAAUGAAAAAAGGAUUGCUGAGUUGGAAGGAGUGGUGGAUAGAAUGAGAAAUCCGCCAAAAAAUGGAUCCACGUCUCAAAAUGGAUCCACCUAA